AUGGGGCAUCGUCAUCAUCAUCAUCUCCCUGAAACCCAGCACCAUCAAUCAGUGGACGGUCUGGUGAAUCUCUUUACAAAGGGUAACCAUGACCUCACAGUGAUUCAGCACAAACUCGAAAAGGAGUUCCAACAAAUCUACCCUGACAGUGCAAAUCCGAUGAAGCUUGUGUCUCGGAUCAAGAAAGUUCAAGAAGAAUUGUCAUCUAUGAAAGAGCAGUGCCGCGAACUACUCGCAGCCAAACAGUUUGACGAGAAGCUUGCAAAAAGUUUCACAAAGCUCCAGCUGCCAAACCAGGAGAGAGAGGAUCAUGGGUACUUUGAGAUGCUGGAAAUGCAAAAUAUUGCACAGGAUUUGAUAGACAAGGCCAGAACAACUCUGGUAGGGAACAGAACAUUAUUGCAGCGGUUGCAAGCGUCCACUGGUGUCCCUGUCACCAGUGAUUCUGAUGAUCCUGCAUUCACAAGCUUCAACCAGAUCAUUGACGAAUGGACUGCACAAGUCAGAUUUAGGGCAGAGGAUGAAAGGCCUGACUCUGGCUCUGAGGAUAUCAACCAGAUGCUAUUCUCAGCAAUUGUUCAAGGCACCUAA